AUGUCUGAGUUUCUAAAUGAUUUGAGAGGUCCGAUGGUAGAAGAUGAUGAAGAUGAAGAAGACUUUGCCUCUGGGAUGCCGACACAAGGUUUUGAAAGGGACAAUUCGAACGAGUUUGAGGACUUGAUGAAGGAAGCAACUAAAGAAUUGUUGAAGCGAUUGUACUCAUCGAAACAUACAGCAUCUGAAAUGAGAUGGCAUAAGGAAAAGCGGGUUGAUACAGAGGGUGUGCUACGACAUCCAGCUGAUGCUGCUGGGUGGAAGCAUUUGGAUACUGAAUUCCCUCAUUUUGCAUCAGAUCUUAGAAACGUUCGACUAGCUCUAGCUUCGGAUGGAUUCAACCCAUCAAGUAACAUGAACCAUUCGUAUAGUAUGUGGUCGGUUAUACUUGUACCGUAUAAUUUGCCACCCUGGAAAUGCAUGAAAGAACCAUAUUUUUUUAUGUCCUUGCUCAUACCCGGACCUAAGUCGCCUGGAAAAGAUAUUGAUGUAUAUUUGCAACCGUUGAUUGAGGAGCUGAAGGAGUUAUGGACCAAUGGUGUGCGCACGUAUGAUUGUUUCAGUGGAGAAUAUUUUAAAAUGCAUGCAGCUUUGCUAUGGACCAUUAAUGACUUUCCUGCAUAUGGCGAUUUGUCUGGAUGGAGUACCAAAGGCUAUCAAGCAUGUCCUAUUUGUAAAGAAGAUACAUCAUCGUUUAGAAUACGUGGUAAAAUAUCAUUCAUGGGUCAUCGCUGUUAUCUUCCAGAAAUGCAUAGUUGGCGUAGGAGUAAAUGUCAUGAUGGAAAGAUUGAACGUAGGCUUCCUCCAGCCAUAAUGGAUGGAGAUGAGAUUCUUCAUGAAGUGACCUAUUUGAAAUUUCCCCCAUUUGGUAAGCAUCCAUCAAAUGCUAAAAAGAAGCGAAAGCGUGAUUCUAGGACAAAAAGGAGUAUAUUUUUUGAACUUCCUUAUUGGUCGAAACUCUUGUUAAGGCAUAAGGUUGAUGUGAUGCACAUUGAGAAAAAUGUGUGUGAUAGCUUAGUCGGCACUUUGUUGAGUAUUGAAGGUAAAUCUAAGGAUACAUCAAACGCUCGUUUGGAUUUACAAGAUUUAAAAAUACGCAAAGAGUUACACUUACAGAAACAAGGUAAUAAGUAUCUGAAACCUCAAGCUACAUACACUCUUACAAGAAGGGAUCAGAUAGAAUUUUGUAAGUUCCUUAAAUCUAUCAAAUUUCCUGAUGGAUUUGUUUCAAAUAUAUCUCGAUGUGUUAGCGUUGAAGAUGGUAGAAUAUGGGGAUUGAAAACUCAUGAUUGUCAUGUGUUACUCCAACGAAUUCUUCCUAUCGGUAUUCGAGCAUACGUACAAAAAAAUGUGAGUACAUCUAUUGUUGAACUAUGUAAAUUCUUUCGUGAUUUAUGCGUGAAGAUAAUAUCCACCAGUGAUUUAGAUCGUUUAGAAGCUGAUAUAGUACUCAUACUUUGUAAGUUGGAGAAGGUAUUUCCCCCAGCAUUUUUUGACGUCAUGGUACACCUUGCUGUUCAUUUACCUUACGAAGCAAAAGUAGUUGGUCCUGUUAGUUACAGUUGGAUGUAUCCUAUCGAGAGAAGCUUGUGGACUUUGAAACAAUACGUUACAAACAAGGCUCGUCCAGAGGGUUCAAUAGCAAAAGCCUUUGUCAUGAAUGAAGCGUUGACUUUCUGUUCAUUACAGAGCGCACGACCAUUAGGGUGCCCAACAUUGCGUAGACUGUUUGAUGAUGAGAAAAGAAUAGUUCACUGGCAACAUUUGAGAAUGCUUCGACCUUGGGCGGUAAGCGCGACCGACUUAUAUAGAAAUCACCAAUUACAGUUUUCCGAUUGGUUUAAAUCUCAAGUUUUAGAACUACGAAAAGAUGGAAAUAUAUCUGAUGAUCACUACUCUUUAGCUAUGGGACCGGCUUCUCACGCACCCAGUUAUAGUGGUUGCAUUGUGAAUCGUACACGUUUUCACAAUACUGAGCGGGAUACGCGUCGAGUAACACAAAAUAGUGGAGUCAUGGUGUCAGGAGAUACUGAAGGAGAUGAUAAGAAUUUCUACGGUGUCUUGAGCGAGGUUUUAGACUUGGACUUGUCAUGA